ACUGAAAGUAUUACGUACGCCCGAGCGGUUCGAAAAGCGGACUCCGCUUUCCCCCGACUUUCACGGCUUAUUGCGUCUGUAUGGGAGGGAAGAGUUCUUGCAAAGAUGUUCUCCCCCAUUGACAAGAUCCGUUCAGAGUCGCUACAUGAACUACGAUUACAUCUAUCCACGAUCAUCAACUCCGAAUGGAUUGCGAUCAAACUCAUUGCCCCUUGGUGAAGUCCGCGACAGUUUGAUAUACGGAUUUGAAGUUCCUGCACCGGUGCGCAGAGAAAAGAGUGUAAGGUCACCGAAAUCAUCACGAGCACCUUCUCCACCAUUGUCAUCAACCUCUUCAGAGAAACCGUCACCGAAGACUUCGCUAAAAUCCAUCCUAGAUAGCGAUGAGCCCCGUGCAAUAGAAAGAAUCAGUCUACAGGGUGACACUCGGACAAAGACUGUAUCGAACGAGUCUCUGGUACCGUUUCAAGAGACUCAUCCUGAGAAGGAACGCAUGGUGUUGCGUCAAACAUCGACGCCAUCAACGAAGGCGAAUGAUUGGACGACUUCGUUUAUAGAGCCAUCGCCCUCUGAACCCUUUAUUCCUCGACUAAUAACCGAACCGUCCUUGGAGAACCUCACCGAAUAUCGAAGAAUCGAAGUUGCUAGUCCGGAAUUAACGGGUUCUCCGUCAUUUUUCUUUUCGCUUCUAAAUGCACAUAAUGAGUCAGCUAGUCCAUUAGCUAAGUACUUGAAAGACUCAUCAUGCUCGUUGACUUUGACCCAUGAACGCUCAUCAGAAAAGCAGGAUAAACGACCUCGUCACCACGAAUUACAGGACAGCACGCUGGGUAACGUGUCGACUCACGAAAGACAACCAUUGCCAACUCCUAUUUCAAGAUCGAAAACCCUGCGAGACAUAUCGACCAUUCUGCAAGUGGCAGGCGAUGUUUACAAGUCGGACCAAAGCCUAUCUAAGGAUAGUAUCCUACAGCUGGGUGCGUUAUAUAAGGAGGCCGAUGCGGUUUUACGGUCGACGACGACCGUAGAAGCCGCGUCAGCUCUUCUGCAUGACGCCGAAGAACAGCAUCGAUCAAAUCAACGACUAAUUAAGGAUGUCUUGCAAGAGCAGCAGACGUCACGCGUUAGGAUUACUAAUGAUACCCCAAGAUCCGAAACUUUCGAAAAGGAAUCGAGUGUUUUGAAAGAAACCGCCGAGGAUAGUUUAACAGUCACGCAUCAAAGGCCGGGCGAAAGCGUUAUAGGGCUGCAGGGAAGACCGGACCAAAACGCGGCGAUAAAGAACAUCGUAAAGCCGAAAACGCAACUUGACAUCCCUGCUAUACUACGUGCCGCGGACGUUAUUGGUGAUCUCUGUGCGUCGGAUAUUGUUAGUCCAGCACAGGCAGUCCUUUUAGAGAGCAAACCCGCUGAUGUAGCUUCCAUGUCCAUCGAACAAGGUGACAUUGGGGAUUUCAAAGAUGGGUUCGGGCGAAGCGGCAAAAAACCUACAGCGCUAAGCGAGGAUCGAUCGACAAAAAUCGCGGGCGAAGCAUUUACAUCACGCUCAGUCAGCUGUCAGCAGCGUCGUAAGAAAUGCAAGCAUAAAGGUGACCAUUCCUCCUCAACAAGAGAGAGUUCGCAAGAAACGUCGCUGCAGAAUGAUGCAAAUCCACUUAGUGUUAUCGAACGAUUGCGUCGCCGGGUCCUAAAAUCGACCUUUGCUGAGCGCCAAAAGAGCGCCACCGAUGUAGUGGCCAUAGAUCCCUCCGUGGAAAUCCUAUCUUUCCCGUCGAGGUCUAGUGCUGCCCACUAUCACCGGGAUUCCCUUCGGCAGGAAUCUAGCGUGGUUCUAGUGGAUUUUGUCUCGCCUCAGUCUCAACGUCCACUAUAUUAUAUCCCGGUUAGUCAGCGUCGUGGCUCAUUAACUGCUUCGCUGUCGGAUCACGCCGUACAAUCGGUCGAAAGUAAUGAUAGUCAUAAACAAAUUCAAGAGGUUGCUGCGAGUAGCGUUUGUGACCGUGAUGAUAAUCAGGGUGUCGAAUUGACAAAAAUAGUCUAAAUGUCGUAUUUGUAACUUGACCCAUUUUGCUAAUAUAUGACUUCUUCAGAAACGCCCAACUAAAGUUGAAAAUGGAGCAGAUUCUUUGGUAGAUUUUUGACUGAUGUUCCUACCCCGAACUGAGAGUCGUGGCAGCAGAAGCCGCAAACGCGGUAAAAAAAACAUUAAGCAGACAAAUGUCGCUGUGACCAACGAAUUUCCGGACUUUUAUCUGGCCAUCCAACUGAAGCCUGUUGCAUAAUAUGCCAAAAAACAAAGUAAAUUUAUCUGCUGUGAACACUUUAUUAUAGCUUGCUGUAUAAUAAACAUGUUGUUUG